AUGUUGACACGACUUCAAGCUAGAGCAGCACGCCUUCCAUCCCCGGACUCGUCGCCGAGCUCCGCCUCGCAGCUGCCGCCGGACCGAGGUUCAGCGACGGCAGUUGCAGUCGCGUCGAGCUCCAGCGACGAGUACUACUCCCCGCCGACGUCGCCAACACCUGUACAUCGGCAGGGGAGGCGCCGGCCGCCGAGUAGCUUGGCGCCCUCAGGCCAACCGGCCUCGAACAGGGCUCCCGCUCCCGGUGGUGUAGUGCAGCGCAUGAAGUGGACUCGACCCAUGAACGAGAAUGUCAUGCGCGCCUACUAUGGGGCGACAGGGGGAGGAACUAACCUCACCGCGUACCGUGCAAGAAUGCUCUCUCUGUUUCAGGCCCUUGAACCGGACGUUGACGUAUCGGCACAGCGAUUAUCGGAUCAGGUGCGGGUCAUCCAACGUAAUCGCAGGUUGGAUGACGCGACGCUUGAUCGAUUGCGUUCUGAGGUGCGGAUUAGCCCUAUCGUCAGUGCCCCGUCACUAACGGUAGUGCCAGUGCAUGGCACGCCGCCUACCAACUUUGAUGGGGAACAUGACGACGGUGCUAUAACUGUAAGUACCCAGUGCAAUGAUCUUAUAAGGAGUACUUUGGAGGAUGUGAUUCGAGAAUAUCGGACUUCCCCUCCGGGACUUAGGCCCCGAGUACCUCGUUUGCCCAUGCAUAAUAAAAAUAAGGCCAUAAUGGGUGUCCUAGAUUCACUGCUCCCAACCUAUUUUGAGAGCAGUGUAGACCUCACCGACACGCACUCGAUCUUGUACUGUGCGGCUCUAACGGCAUGUCGUGUAGCUAAUGUUGCAAUAAGACCAAAUAACAACGCUACACGACCAAAACCAGCCGUUCCAGCUUGGCAGUGCAGGAUCGAGCAGCGUAUUGCGGGAGCUAGGACACUCAUUGCAAAAUUAAAAACCUUCAAAGAGGGUAAUUCUAGACCGAGAGUGAUGCGCUUUGUAAAGCGGGCAUUCGCUGGGACUAAUAUUAGUCCCAGUGAAUACUUUUCUCGUGUUACAGAGCGCAUCGACUUUUACAAACAAAAAGUAUAUGCAUGGGCAAACCGUAUUCGACGGUAUAAGUGUCGGGUGGAGCGAUAUCACUUGAAUCGCAUGUUCCAAAAAGAUGAAAGAUGGGUAUACAGAACAUGGGAGCGACCUGGACUAGGUGUGGAUGAUGGGAGCCUACCGGAUGAUGAUGCCACUAAGUCAUUUUGGCGCAGCAUUUGGUCGGAGCCUGUCAGUCACGCUGAAUGCGAUUGGAUGAGAGAGGUCGAACAAUCAUGUGAGCAUAUACAAGAAAUGGGGGCAAUAACUAUCAGCCCCCAAGAUGUAGCAACUGCGACCCGUUCGCUGUCCAAUUGGAAAGCCCCUGGACCGGACGGAUUGCAGAACUACUGGCUUAAGUGGCUACGGAGCUCGCAUGAUUAUCUGGCAUCUCAAUUCCAAUCUGUCAUAGAGUCAGGAAAGCUCCCAUUGUUCUUUACUACAGGUUCGUCGCUCUAA